UAUCCACUGGCAGCCGCUGGCUGGCGUUUCACUUUCGGGAUCGAGAGGCCUUAAGCCACGGAAGGGGACGACGACAGGGAGUGGCGAGGGACCUCCCCUUCCUGCCUUUCUGGACACUUCAUUGGAGGACAAAUACCUCUGAGACGACGCCUAUUUGAGUGGCGGGAGUUUGACAAAGGAAACCGAGAGUAAGAGGACAAAGAGGGAGGGAAGAGUUGGUGCCUUGGUGGUGAGGCUUCUUGGAAAGACAGAGAAAUGGCAAGCUGCCUUACUGUCAAGGGUUUCCUGGUGAAGCCGGAAUCUUCUCUCUCCCUCGCCGGCGCCGGGUUCCGGCAAAGAACCAUCGAUGGCAGGCGGCUUUUCGCUGUUCGGUGCGCCGGAGACGCCGAAUUCGACGCGAAGGUGUUCAGGAAGAACCUGACGAGGAGCAAGAACUACAAUAGGAAGGGAUUCGGGCUCAAGGAAGAGACCAUGGAGUUGAUGAACAAGGAAUAUAUGAGUGACAUCAUAGAGACUCUGAAGAACAACAACUAUGAGUACACGUGGGGUGAUAUGACUGUCAAUUUGGCAGAAUCAUACGGAUUCUGCUGGGGUGUCGAACGAGCUGUUCAGAUCGCGUACGAAGCAAGGAAGCAAUUUCCUGCGGAGAGGAUUUGGAUCACCAAUGAGAUUAUCCACAACCCGACAGUGAACAAGAGGCUAGAGGAGAUGGAAGUUCAGAAUAUUCCUAUUGAAGAUGGAAUAAAGCAAUUUGAUGUUGUGGAGAAGGGAGACGUGGUAAUUUUGCCUGCCUUUGGAGCUGCUGUCCAGGAGAUGUUGACACUAAGUGAGAAAAAUGUUCAAAUAGUUGAUACGACGUGUCCAUGGGUUUCAAAGGUGUGGAACACGGUUGAGAAACACAAGAAAGGAGACUACACUUCGAUUAUUCAUGGUAAGUAUGGUCACGAAGAGACAAUUGCAACUGCAUCGUUUGCUGGUACCUACAUCAUUGUAAAAAAUAUGAAAGAGGCAAUGUAUAUUGGUGAUUAUAUCCUUGAUGGGAAACUUGAUGGGUCAAGUGGAACGAAAGAAGACUUUAUGGAGAAAUUCAAACAUGCAGUAUCUGCUGGAUUUGAUCCAGAUGCUGACCUAUGCAAAGUGGGCCUUGCUAAUCAAACAACUAUGCUUAAAGGAGAAACUGAAGAAAUUGGAAAACUGUUUGAAAAGGUCAUGAUGCGCAAAUAUGGAAUUGAAAACAUCAACAACCAUUUUAUGAAUUUCAAUACUAUUUGUGAUGCCACUCAGGACCGGCAAGAUGCAAUGUAUAAACUUGUGAACAAAAAGCUUGAUCUCAUUCUAGUAGUUGGUGGAUGGAACUCUAGCAAUACCUCACAUCUUCAAGAAAUUGCAGAAGCUAAAGGAAUUCCAUCUUAUUGGAUAGAUAGCGAACAGCGAAUAGGGCCUGGAAACAAAAUAGCUUACAAAACGAAUUAUGGAGAACUGGUUGAGAAAGAAAACUGGCUACCAGAUGGCCCUAUCACAAUCGGAGUUACAUCAGGCGCUUCAACUCCUGAUAAAGUCGUUGAGGACGUCAUUAAUAGGGUAUUUGAACUUAAACAUGAAAAAUCCUUGCAACUGGUCUGAGAUCCUUUGCUGCAAACUAGCAUUGUUAGGAAGCAUGAACAGGGAGAGGCCACUAUUGCUGUAUAAGAAUGUAGUCGUUUUGUUUAACAUGUAACAUAUGUGCUAAUUAAGAUGUAUCUCCGGCUGA